GAAGACAUUUAUAUGAAACAGCUGCAGGGUUUCAUAUCCACUGGGAGCGAACAAAUGGUUUGUAAGCUUCAAAGGUCCAUUUAUGGACUUAAACAAGCUUCAAGGAGUUGGAACAUUCAGUUUGAUGAAACGAUCAAAACGUUUGAUUUUCAUCAGAAUCCGGAUGAACCAUGUGUUUAUAAGAAGGUUAGUGGGAAUGCAGUUGCAUUUGUUGUUCUAUAUGUUGAUGAUAUCCUACUCAUUGGGAAUGAUAUAGGAAUGUUACAAUCAACACGGGCAUGGUUGUCUAAACAGUUCUCCAUGAAAGAUUUGGGAGAAGCAUCCUUUAUCCUAGGGAUAAAAAUCUAUAGAGAUAGAUUUAUUAGGAUGAUCGGACUAUCCCAGUCUAUGUACAUAAAUAAGGUACUAAAAAGGUUUAGUAUGGAAGAAUCCAAACGUGGAUAUAUUCCAAUGAGUCAUGGGGUUUCACUUUCUAAAAUGAUGUCUCCAAAGACACCUGAAGAAAGAGAACGGAUGAGUCAUAUACCUUAUGCAUCAGCUAUUGGUAGCAUUAUGUAUGCAAUGUUAUGUACAAGACCUGAUGUGGCUCAUGCACUUAGUGUAACGAGCAGAUAUCAGUCUAAUCCAGGUGAAGAACACUGGAAAGCCGUUAAGAUGAUUCUUAAGUACUUACGAAGGACUAAGGAUAUCUUUAUGGUAUAUGGCAAUGGAGAAUUGAAACUAGAAGGCUUUACUGAUUCUGGUUUUCA